CCUCAGGGUAUUAGACAAACCGCGUGGUGUAGAAUACGUCCGGUCUAAGGAGAUGGAAAUGGAGAGAGCAAUGUAGCGUACGACCGUCUGGCUGAGAGAUGAGAUCAGAGAGAUGGAGGAAAUGGGCUUAGGUUAUUCCAGAUCUUGGCACGUGAUUUUCUAAUUGGACUGGAUCAAACACUAUAGCCAAUAACUAUGGCGGUGGUACAUAUAUAAACUGCACAUAAACACCAUCUUUUUCCGGCAGAGGAGGGAGAGAAGGGGUUCAGUGAAGUGCUGCGAUGGCGGAGAAGCCCCAACCUGUUCAGGUUUUGUAUUGUGGAGUUUGUGGUUUACCCCCUGAGUAUUGUGAGUUCGGCGGACCCGACUUCGAGAAAUGCAAACCGUGGUUGAUCCAGAACGCACCCAAUGUCUAUCCAGAUCUUCUUAGAGGAGCUGAUGGAAAAGAAUCAGAUACAGUAGCUGAUCAGUUUCAAGCAACUUCGAUCUCUGAUGCUGGAGCAGGUUCUUCAGCUCCUAAGCAGGAAGAAGUGAAACGCCUUCCAGGUGGAAAGAUAAAAAAGAAAGACAAGCAAGAAGUUGUGAUUGAAAAGAUGACUCGUAAUAAGAGAAAAUGCAUCACUACCAUUAAGGGGCUAGAAUUAUUUGGCAUCAAACUAAGCGAUGCCUCAAAAAAGCUUGGUAAAAAGUUUGCCACAGGAGCCUCUGUAGUUAAGGGCCCAACCGAAAAGGAACAGAUUGAUGUUCAAGGAGACAUAGCGUAUGACAUUGUGGAUUUUAUUACAGAGACCUGGCAAGAUGUUCCUGAGUCUGCAGUUUUCUUUAUUGAAGAUGGGAAAAAAGUUCCGGCUGUAUAAAAUUUUGGAGGCAAUUUCAUGCAAAACCUUAAUAACCUUUGAUUAUGCUAUUGUGGACAUGUAUAUAUGCGAGAUAUUUAAACAAAUUAUCAUAGUUGUGCACCUGUGCUUGAAGGUAUAGAUGGACAUGUGAACAAUGCAACUGCCUUUUGCAUCUAAUUUGACUUGCAUCCUGAUCAUUUUCUAGUUUUUAUCUUGACUGGCAAUUCUUAUAUGUACUCCCAGGAACUCCGGCUUAAAGUUUGUGGCUAGAUUUUAGCAAUCUUUACCUGCUAAGAUGAUGCUUA